AUGAGUUCGUCUUCGCCCAUCACAAGCGUGCCGGAUCCGUCGGAUUCGUCCGCACUUGCCUCGAUCAUCACGCAGGUGCAGCCUGGGCAGGCGGCGCCUGUCGUGCGUCGUCCCGCAGCGCCGACCAAGUCCACCGCGCAGACGGACGCAUCACGGAAGAAGAAGAAGAAAAAGAAGACGGCUGCUGCCGAUGCUGCGCGCGAUGAGGCGGCUCAGCUGCGGUCGCAGGACCAGGCGGUGGCCGAGGCGGCUCGUCUGGGCUCCGAGGCUGCGCAGUCGCAAGCACGCGCCAACACCAAGACGACAGCUGCGGGUACGGCUGCAGAAGCACCGACGCAAGAGAUGGACUCGGCGGCACCACAACAUUCGCACCAGGCCUCGUCGACACUCGUCGGCACAUCGACGGCGGGCGACACUCUGGGUCGCAGCGCGGUGCUAUCCGACUCGCCGGUGGUCGGUUCGGACCAGCCAGCUGAGUCGGCAGCGCAACAGGCGGCACCCAUGCAAUCGGAGAAAUCCAACCCGACCGCCACAGAGAGCAGCGAGGGAACCGUGGACAAGGACGGGCUCAUCGACGUGCCUCCGCGUAAGCAUGCGGGUGAGGCGGUUGCCACGCCCGCAGCUGCAGCUGCACCUCGACCCGCAGCUGCGGCUGCGAAACCCGCCACCGCGCGCCCAGUGGCUGCAUCAGGCCCCUCCAAGGCUGGCAAGAAGCCCGGAUUCGGCGCGCGUCUGGUGGCGCUGCUCACCUGUUCGUCGGCUACAUCCGCCGAGGUUCGCCACGAGAUGCAGGAGAAGCAGCGCGCUCCUGCCAGCGUCGCCGCGCGCAAUGCCAAACCCCCCACCCCCGCCAUUGCCCCACGCACACCCACCAAACCCACAGCCGCGGGCGGGGAGUACGAAACCACGCCCGGAGGGGGCACCAAGCUUCCGCGCGACGAGACGGGCAACGUUAUGUCGGGCGCCGUGGUUCCACCGGGUGCGGCGUUUGUAACCGCCGACGAGGCGCGUAAAUCCCGAUCCUCGCUGGCGGAUUCGGAAGAUUCCGUAUCGGACGAUGAGGACGAGAUGGACAUGGACGAUAUGGACUAUCUUACGGACGAUCAGACUGAAGAGCAGAGGCUGAUUCUACAGGGAGGCAUUGGGAUUCCUGUGGACGAGCAUGGCAAUCCGCAACCGCUGUUGACGGAAAUUGGUCCGCAGGAUCAAGGACGCAAGUGUCUAGUUCUCGACCUCGACGAGACGUUGGUUCAUUCGAGCUUCAAGAUGAUUCAGAAUGCCGACUUUAUCGUCCCCGUCGAAAUCGACGGUACGGUUCACAACGUCUAUGUGAUCAAGCGACCGGGGGUGGACGAAUUUAUGCGACAGAUGGGCGAGAUUUACGAGGUGGUUGUCUUUACCGCAAGCUUGUCCAAGUAUGCCGAUCCAGUGUUGGACAUGUUGGAUAUUCAUCAUGCUGUUAGACACCGGUUGUUUAGGGAGAGCUGUUACAACCACAAGGGCAACUACGUCAAAGACCUCAGUCAACUAGGAAGGCCAAUUGGAGAUACGAUCAUCAUCGACAACUCUCCAGCCAGUUACAUCUUCCAUCCCAACAAUGCCGUCCCGGUCAGCAGCUGGUUCAAUGACCCCCACGACACCGAACUCACAGACCUCUGCCCCUUUCUCGCCGAUCUGGCUAAUGUAGACGACGUAAGAGCCGUCCUUGACGGCUCACUCUAA